GUCGAGAUAACUUCUCAUCCUGCGACACACAAAAUAACCCCAAGCUGCGAUCACCGUCAUCGUCCUCUGAAAUCAAAUCAGAGUCGUAUUAUUAUCAGAAUCGAACUUCCAAUUUCUAGGUUUUGCUCCUGAACAAAUUUCAACAUGGCGACGGCAUCAGUGGCUUUCAAAUCCAGGGAGGAUCACAGGAAACAGAUGGAACUUGAAGAAGCCCGAAAAGCUGGGCUUGCUCCUGCAGAAGUUGAUGAAGAUGGAAAAGAAAUUAAUCCACAUAUUCCUCAGUAUAUGUCAUCUGCUCCUUGGUAUCUCAAUGCAGAGAGACCUAGUUUAAAACAUCAAAGGAAAUGGAAGUCAGAUCCCAAUUACACAAAGUCAUGGUAUGACAGAGGAGCAAAAAUAUACCAAGCUGAUAAAUACAGAAAGGGUGCAUGUGAAAACUGUGGAGCAAUGACACACACAACCAAGACAUGCAUGGAGAGGCCACGUAAGCUAGGGGCAAAAUGGACAAGUAAAAACAUAGCACCUGAUGAGAAAAUAGAGACAUUUGAGCUUGAUUAUGAUGGGAAAAGGGACAGGUGGAAUGGGUAUGAUGCAGCAUCAUAUGCUCAUGUGAUUGAAAGAUAUGAAGCUCGUGAUGAAGCUAGAAAGAAAUUCUUGAAAGAUCAACAACUUAAGAAGUUAGAGGAAAAGGGUAACACUGAAAAUGUGGAAGAAGGUGUUAGUGAUGAUGAAGAUAAUGAAGAUGCUUUGAAAGUUGAUGAAGCCAAAGUUGAUGAGAGUAAGCAGAUGGAUUUUGCAAAGGUGGAAAAACGUGUUAGGACUACAGGUGGUGGUAGCACGGGUACUGUUAGGAAUCUGCGAAUUCGAGAAGAUACAGCAAAAUACCUUCUGAAUCUUGAUGUGAACUCUGCACAUUAUGAUCCGAAAACUCGAUCCAUGCGUGAGGAUCCGCUUCCAGAUAUGGAUCCAAACGAGAAGUUCUAUGCUGGGGAUAAUCAGAAUAGAGUAAGUGGACAAGCAUUGGAGUUCAAGCAACUGAACAUACAUGCAUGGGAAGCAUUUGAGAAGGGUAAUGAUGUCCAUAUGCAAGCUGCUCCUUCACAAGCUGAGUUGUUGUAUAAGAAUUAUAAAGUGAAUAAAGAGAAGCUGAAAUCUCAAGUGAAGGAGACAAUUGUUGAGAAAUAUGGGAAUGCAGCUGCUGACGAGGCGCUUCCAAGAGAGCUUUUAUUAGGUCAAAGUGAAAGAGAAGUUGAAUAUGAUCGUGCUGGAAGAAUCAUCAAAGGCCAGGAAAUGGCUCUUCCUAAGAGCAAAUACGAGGAGGACGUUUACAUCAAUAACCACACGUGUGUUUGGGGGUCUUGGUGGAAAGGCCAUCAAUGGGGUUACAAGUGCUGUAAGCAGUUUAUUAGAAACAGUUACUGCACAGGUGCUGCUGGUAUUGAAGCUGCUGAAGCUGCAUCCGAUCUCAUGAAGGCCAACAUCGCACGCAAAGAGGCCACUCAAGAAGUUGUUGCCCCAACCGAGGAGAAGCAGCUUGCGACUUGGGGAACCGAUAUACCUGAUGACUUGGUUUUGGACCAAGCCAAACUCACAGAAGCACUUAAAAAGGAGGACAAGAGGCGGAGAGAAGAGAAGGAUGAAAGAAAGCGAAAAUAUAAUGUUAAGUGGAACGAUGAGGUGACGGCUGAAGAUAUGGAGGCCUACAGAAUGAAGAAGGUCCUCCAUGAUGAUCCGAUGAAGGACUUCCUAAACUAAACUACUAGCUUUUUCCUUUUCAUUUUCCUCUGUAUUGAUAAAGUAAGUGCUGAAUGGAUAAUGGAUGUCCGGAUAAAAUGUUAUAUUUCAAAAACUAAUAACAUCUGUUUAUGUGUGUUUAACAGUCUUUA